AUGGAACAAGAUAUUACAAUAUUAUCUAAGAUGAAACAAUAACUUUAAAACAAAGAAUAUUUGAAUUUUAAGGCAUAAAUCAAAAUAAUCAAAAGGUUUUACUCAAAAGAAAAAGAAAAUUAAAUAUGUAUAUAUUGAAUAAUUAUAAUAGAAUAACAAAUAAUAUAAUUAAAUAAUAUUCUUCAGGCAAUUAAAAAUAUGGUUAUAGAGUUAGCUAAAAGUAGUGAUUAUAUAAUCUCAGGUGAUUAAAAUCUAAUUAAAAUAGAAGAAAUUAAUUAGGAGAGUGAAGAAUAAAAGGAAAAUAACAUUAAGGAAGCUAAAAGAUUAUUAGACUAAGGUAUAAUAAAUUAAAUUAUAAAUUAGGAGUUACAUUAAGAAAGUUGAAUAAAUAUUAAGAAGCCAUUGAAUGCUACGAAAAAGCAAUUUCCAUUAAUCCAAAGUAUGAUAAAGCGUGGUUAAACAAGGGUAAUUAAUUGUUUAACAUUCUUUUAUAGGAUUUGCAUUAAAUAAUUUGA